CCUUUUUGAAUCUUCACAAUUUUGUAAGUUAAAUAUUAAUUUAAUAUCAUCUUUAUAGAUGAGGAAACUGAGGCUCACAGAGGUAAAGUAACUUGCCCAAGCCACACGACUUUCCUCCUAGUAAGUAGCAGGACUGUGCUCGAAAUCUACGUUUUCCUUGGUUCAGUGGUCCAAGCUGUAGGUGACCUUGGACAAGUUACUUCACUUCUGAGCCUCAGUUUCUUUAUCUGUAAAAUGGAGACACUAAUACCAACAGUUAUACAGAUUGAAUAAACCUGGUACACAGUAGACUCCCAACUGCUGACUCCUGUCCCACACCUGCUAAAUUUGUUCAUUCUAAGUUGCUUAGGACAAUCAACCAGGCCACAUCUGGCUCAGACUCUGGGGACUUGAACCUGGGACCCAGGCUCUUCCAGCCACCCCUGCUCCUCUGCCCCUACUCCUUCUGUUUCCUUAAUAGUAAUCAUGUCCUGAGUGACUCAGAACACAGGGAUGGGGUGGGUGAAGCAGGCAGGGGAGAGUAGGGUGGCAAGUGAGUAGGGGCAUUGGGGGUGGUUGUGUACAGAGGCACAGUAGACAGACCUGGCUCUUGCUCCUGGGGUCUAUUUUGGAUGGGGCCAGCCUCCAGGCUGCUGGAAGCUGGAGCUGGAGGUGUCAGUGCUGAGUUAACGGAGCGGUCCUUGGGGCCAGAUUUAGCAGUUGAGUUCUGACCCCAGAGGGUGGCUUAGCUGCAGGCCCUGGGCCAAAGCCACUUCUGUGAUUCCUGCCAUGGGGUUCUGGUCUCUGUACAGGGCACCCUGCUCCUUUCUGCUGUCUUCACCACGCCCUCCUCAGCCCAGUGCAGAGCCUUUAACUUGAGAUUCACACAGAUUUGGGAUCAAGGCCUGGCUGUUCCACCUACUAACGGCCUAGACCAUUCUCCCUGAUGCCUUGCCUGUUUUCUACCCAGCUGGGAAGAAGACACUACAGCUUCCUACACUUGUGACACAGACUUUGGGAGCAAUUCUAAAUGACAGAAGAACAGCGAUUGCUCAUCCCUGCAUGUGAUUCGAGAGGGCCAGUCUUUCAGGCCUGGAGGAAACUCAAGCCCCACCAGCCGCUUGGCAUCGGAAUGCUCAGCUGGUCCCCUCCUGGGGCUCAUGUGACCAAGAUCUAGCUAUAAAUAUCAGAGGGGCCUCAGACCAAGACAGAAUUCGGGCACCAGGAGAAGGAAGCCAACAGGAUCCGACCUGGUGUUUCGUGACAAAGGCAAGACUCCCCCGGUCUACUUAGAGCAAAGUCAGUAGAGGAGGCAGCUAGGCGCGGCUCUCACUCCUGCCCACAGAAUGGAUUAUAAGUCAAGCCUGAUCCAGGAUGGGAACCCCAUGGAGAACCUGGAGAAGCAGCUGAUCUGCCCUAUCUGCCUGGAGAUGUUUACCAAGCCAGUGGUCAUCUUGCCGUGCCAGCACAACCUGUGCCGGAAGUGUGCCAAUGACAUCUUCCAGGCUGCAAAUCCCUACUGGACCGGCCGGGGCAGCUCGGUAUCCAUGUCUGGAGGCCGUUUCCGCUGCCCCACCUGCCGCCACGAGGUGAUCAUGGAUCGUCACGGAGUGUACGGCCUGCAGAGGAACCUGCUGGUGGAGAACAUCAUUGACAUCUACAAACAGGAGUGCUCCAGUCGGCCGCUGCAGAAGGGCAGUCACCCCAUGUGCAAGGAGCACGAAGAUGAGAAAAUCAACAUCUACUGUCUCACGUGUGAGGUGCCCACCUGCUCCAUGUGCAAGGUGUUUGGGGUCCACAAGGCCUGCGAGGUGGCCCCAUUGCAGAGUGUCUUCCAGGGACAAAAGAUUGAACUGAAUAACUGUAUCUCCAUGCUGGUGGCGGGGAAUGACCGUGUGCAGACCAUCAUCACUCAGCUGGAGGACUCCUGUCGAGUGACCAAGGAGAACAGUCACCAAGUAAAGGAAGAGCUGAGCCAGAAAUUUGACAUGCUGUAUGCCAUCCUGGAUGAGAAGAAAAGUGAGUUGCUGCAGCGGAUCACACAGGAGCAGGAGGAAAAGCUCAGCUUCAUCGAGGCCCUCAUCCAGCAGUACCAGGAACAGCUGGACAAGUCCACAAAGCUGGUGGAGACGGCCAUCCAGUCCCUGGACGAGCCUGGGGGAGCCACCUUCCUCUUGACUGCCAAGCAACUCAUCAAAAGCAUUGUGGAAGCUUCCAAGGGCUGCCAGCUGGGGAAGACAGAGCAGGGCUUUGAGAACAUGGACUUCUUUACUUUGAAUUUAGAGCACAUAGCAGAUGCCCUGAGAGCCAUAGACUUUGGAACAGAUGAGGAAGAGGAAGAAUUCAUUGAAGAAGAAGAUCAGGAAGAGGAAGACUCCACAGAAGGGAAGGAGGAAGGACAGUAAGGAGCUGGAUGAAUGAGAGACCCCCCAGAUGCAGAGAAACUGGAGAGGGUGGGGAGGGGCCCAGCGAUCUUGGUGACAGGCCCAGGUGGGAGGGGUCGGGGCCCCUGGAGGGGCAAUGGGGAGGUAAUGUCUUCUCUCUGCUCAGAGAGCAGGGACUAGGGUAGGACCCUCACUGCUGCGUCCAGCAGACACUGAACCAGAAUUGAAAAUGUGCUUGAAACAAUCACACAGGACACUUUUCUACACUGGUGCAAAAUGGAAUAUUUUGUACAUUUUUAAAAUGUGAUUUUUGUAUAUACUUGUAUAUGUAUGCCAAUUUGGUGCUUUUUGUAAAGGAACUUUUGUAUAAUAAUGCCUGGUCGUUGGGUGACCUGCGAUUGUCAGAAAGAGGGGAAGGAAGCCAGGGUGAUACAGCUGCCCACUUCCUUUCCUGAGCGGGAGGACGGGGUAGCACUCACAGGGACGAUGUGCUGUAUUUCAGUGCCUAGCCCAGACAUAAGGGGUGGUAACUGAGUUUGUGUUAUAUGUUGUUUUAAUAAAUGCACAAUGCUCUCUUCCUGUUCUUCAAAGGA